AUGGCCCAUCACCGGGAAGAAGUCCUCCCACUUCAUGCCGACGGCCUUGUAGUACUGCAGAACGAUCCGCUGCACCACGGCCUCCGACGUCAGAUACAGCGCCAUGGCGGGUCCCGCGGUCCUGAAGAGCCUUCCAGCCUCCAUAGCGCGGCCCUGGAGGCCGUUGGUCCUCGACGACGUGGAGAGGACCGAGUGCACCCACAGCGCGUGGAAGUGCGUGGCGGCGAGCGGGAGCAGGAUCUGGGCCAGGAAGCCGAGGAGGGGGGACUUGACGCACACGCCGAGGGCGAGGCUCUUGACGACGCCGAAGAGGAAGAACCAGCCGUAGCCGCGGCAGAAGGGGAAGCACCGUCUGCUCGAGUAGAGCAGCCGGGUCAGGGAGCGGAGGCUGGUGCUGACGGGGAGGGGUUUGGCGCCGCCAUCUUUGCCGAGGCGGGUUGGGCCUUCAGACUCGUCGGCGACGCGGGGGACGACGAUGCUGAUGCUGUCGUAGAUGGAGGCGUCGAGGUCCUCGACUGCAGCGAGAAUGGGGAAUACCGAAUAGGCGGUGUAGAACAUCUUGAGUUAUUGGAGCACCACCCCGAAGGUGAAGAUGAGAAAGCCGAUCUCACUGACGAUUCCGGCCAUUGUGUCUUGAGGGUUCUGCCCGGGAAUAGCUGGGAAGGAGUAACUGCCGAAUAUACCAAUUGA